AUCGUGCAGACUGCAAUGCCCUCUAUUAUCCUUCCUGUUCCUCACCUGCCUGCACGUCCCUUUCACUCAAGGCCUGUCUGUCUAGCUCAUUUCUCAGACAUUGCACCCCACUUAGAGUAGGGGCUCUCAGUCAGGGCAAUUCUGUCCCCUGGGGGACAUUCGCCAGUGUUCAGAGACUCCGGGCCGAGGGCGGUUCCUGGCGUGCGGUGGGUGGGGGCCAGAGACGCUGAUCAGCACCCCACAGUGCCCAGGAUGCCCCUCCCUACAGAGAACAACCUGGCCUGAUGUUAGCAGUGCCCGGGCUGGGAGCCCUGCCUCGGUGCCCACUGGUGGGUGCCUUGGCAGCGAUCCAAGAGCAGGAAAGGAUGUGGUUUCUACCAUUGUGCAGUGUUAAUGAAGACACUUUUCAGCAAGGAGGAGAUGGACAUUAAGUUCUCCAAACAUACGAGUCUCCUUUCAGGGCCUGGCGCUGAGCAGGGCUAUCCUGAGGGCCAAGCCCCAGCCGCAGGCCAGCAGGCACAGUGCGGACAGAAUCUAAAGCUCGCAUCACCUGCUCCGUAGACCUUGCACUCAAAGGGAAGGGGAUUCAAGAGAAGCAAAUGGACAUGAUUUUUCUGGUCACCAUAACGCCACUUGGAAUGUCAGCACAAGCAUCCGGGCAGACGCCGGGGUUUGGGACAACUGGUACUCUCUGAGAGCAUUCUGGACUUGUCGCUUCUUGUUCAUGGGGAAAAUAGGAAUUGCUUUCUCGGGGGCCAAGGGAGCCUGGUGCCAUCCAGGUGCCGCCCCGCGCCAGGAGAGCAUGAACCGCUAGCUUUGAGGAGGCCAUGCGUCUUUCCCCAAAGGAAAAGGAAAAGGCCAUGUGUCUCCCCAAAGCGGAAGUUAACUGGCCAAUCAGAACGAAGGUAACUAAAACCCGCUGUGCUUGCUCUUUGCUCCUUACUGAGAAGAUGACAAGAUGUUUUCCAAAUACCAUGAGACCUAUGUAAGGCAGGUGACCCCUCUGCUCGGCAUAUGGAGGAACAGGAAUAGAAAUGAGAUUGCUUCAGGUCGCGAACUGAGCAUGCAGAAUUCAGAGGGUGGAUCCGAUUCGCCAGCUUCUGUGACUCUGUGUCCCUCAGCGGCAGCCCAGGCCCCCGCGGCCCCGCCAGUACCAGCCUCCCCGCAGAGGGUGUUGGUCCAGGCAGCGGGCUCGGCUCCCAAAGGAGCCCAGAUGCAGCCAAUCUCCCUCCCCAGGGUCCAGCAGGUGCCACAGCAGGUGCAGCCCGUGCAGCAUGUGUACCCCCCGCAGGUGCAGUACGUGGAAGGCGGAGACGCCGUCUACACGAAUGGAGCCUUACGGACGGCCUAUGCCUACAACCCUGAGCCUCAGAUGUACGCCCCCAGCAGCGCAGCUUCUUACUUCGAGGCCCCGGGCGGCGCCCAGGUGACCGUGGCAGGCUCCUCCCCGCCAACGGUCCCCUCCCACAGCAUGGUGGGCAUCACCAUGGAUGUCGGGGGGAGCCCUAUUGUCUCCAGCGCGGGAGCCUAUCUCAUCCACGGGGGGAUGGACAGCACCAGACACUCCCUGGCCCACACCUCCCGCUCAUCGCCAGCUACGCUUGAAAUGGCGAUUGAAAACCUCCAAAAAAGCGAAGGGAUCACUUCACACAAAACCGGUUUACUCAACAGCCAUCUCCAGUGGCUGUUGGAUAACUACGAAACCGCAGAAGGCGUGAGUCUCCCCAGAAGCUCUCUCUACAACCAUUACCUUCGGCACUGCCAGGAGCACAAGCUGGACCCUGUGAAUGCCGCCUCCUUUGGGAAGCUGAUUCGCUCCGUGUUCAUGGGCCUGCGGACGCGGCGGCUGGGCACCAGGGGCAACUCCAAGUAUCAUUACUAUGGGAUCCGCCUGAAACCAGAUUCACCCUUGAACCGGCUGCAGGAGGACACCCAGUAUAUGGCCAUGAGGCAACAGCCCAUGCAUCAGAAGCCAAGGUACCGGCCAGCCCAGAAGACAGACAGCCUCGGGGACAGUGGUCCGCAUGGCAGCCUGCACAGCACACCAGAGCAGGCCAUGGCCGCACAGAGCCAGCACCACCAGCAGUACAUAGAUGUCUCUCACAUCUUCCCGGACUUCCCGGCGCCCGACCUGGGCAGCGUCCUGCUGCAGGAGAGCAUCACGCUGCACGACGUCAAGGCCCUGCAACUGGUCUACCGGCGGCACUGCGAGGCAACUUUAGACGUCGUGGUGAACCUCCAGUUUCACUACAUUGAGAAGCUGUGGCUUUCCUUCUGGAACUCGAAAGCCGCCUCGGGUGAUGGCCCUGCCUCUCUACCUGCCAGCGACGGGGAACCCGAAGGUGCCGUCCUCCCGAAGGACAAGCUGGUGUCUCUGUGUAAAUGCGAGCCCAUUCUCAAGUGGAUGAGGAACUGCGACCACAUCCUGUACCAGGCCCUGGUGGAGAUCCUCAUCCCUGACGUGCUGCGGCCGGUGCCCAGUACCUUGACACAGGCCAUCCGUAAUUUUGCCAAGAGCUUGGAAGGCUGGUUGACGAACGCCAUGAGAGACUUCCCACAGCAGGUCAUCCAGACCAAGGUCGGCGUGGUCAGCGCCUUUGCCCAGACCCUGCGCAGAUACACGUCCCUCAACCACCUCGCUCAGGCAGCCCGCGCCGUGCUGCAGAACACCUCCCAGAUCAACCAGAUGCUCAGUGACCUCAACCGCGUGGACUUCGCCAACGUGCAGGAACAGGCCUCGUGGGUGUGCCAGUGUGAGGAGAGCGUGGUGCAGCGGCUGGAGCAGGACUUCAAGCUGACCCUGCAGCAGCAGAGCUCCCUGGACCAGUGGGCCAGCUGGCUGGACAACGUGGUCACCCAGGUCCUGAAGCAGCAUGCCGGCAGCCCCAGCUUCCCCAAGGCCGCCCGCCAGUUUCUUCUGAAAUGGUCCUUUUACAGCUCCAUGGUGAUCCGCGACCUCACGCUACGCAGCGCCGCCAGCUUUGGCUCCUUCCAUCUGAUCCGCCUGCUCUAUGACGAGUACAUGUUCUACCUGGUGGAGCACCGUGUCGCCGAGGCGACCGGAGAGACGCCGAUUGCUGUGAUGGGAGAGUUCAACGAUCUCGCCUCCCUAUCGCUGACACUGCUCAAUAAAGAUGACCUCAGCGAGGAUCGUGGCCAUGAGGCCAACUCCGACGCCCGCAGCCUGGGCGAGCCCCUGGUGAAGCGGGAGCGCAGUGACCCGAACCACUCCCUGCAGGGCAUCUAGCUCUGCGGUGCCUCCCCCAGGCUCCAGACCAGGCCCCUCGAGCUCUACUAUAAUAGUGCCUCUUAGAUGAUGUGAUCUUUGCUCUGACUCACGGGGGCGCCCUCCAGAAGAAAAACCCUCGUGAACCACAACAGAAGGUCACAUCGGGUUCCCGAGUGCCUGAGCUGCUCACCCGGUGCCUCCUGGGUCAUCUUUUCCUUCUGAGUGUUCUUCUCUCCUCUGCCGGACCAUGAACUUUGGUCCAAGUCUACACAUCCCGCGCCGGACAAGCAGGCACCUCCACGUUGGGCUUCUCCUCGGUUCAGCUGCUUCCAGCUUCCACCAUUAUUUUUUAAAACUCAGAUCCCAGGAGGGAAGGGGUGUCCUGCAGCUGUUGGGCAGUCCCAAGCUGACCGAUGUCCAUGGAGCCCCCAGCCCUGGUGCCCUGUGGUGGGAAGGGACCUUCUCCGUGCUGUGCCCAGGGCCUCCUGCCCUGCCGGCUGUGCUGAGGCGUGGAGGCCAGCCCACAGGCCCACGGGAGCCGCAUCUGCAGACACCAAACGUCCCCAAAAGCAGCUGUCAAUUGCCAUGGCCCCAUGUGGCCCAGAGAACAAGUCACAGAAAUGGGCCGCUCAUGCCAAGACAUAGUGGUGUAAGAACCAAGACCAGAAGUUUUAUCAGCAACUGGAAGGAUUUGGGUUCUGUCCAAGGUCACAGCCAACGUCAAGCCAAACUGCCGGGUCUGGAAUGAGUUUGUUCCAAGGGGGCUGGAUGGUCGGUGUUUCAGUGGUGCCUUCAGAGAGCAGCCAUCGGGCCAAGCCUGCCUGGCUCCCACCCCGUAGAAUCUUCUGGAAUGCCUGCCUUUGAAUUAGCAAUCCUGGAGCACUUUGACCCAGGGCAAGUCCCAUCUUGAACUGCUCAAAGUCGACACUCUUCUCUGGGCUAAAUGAAUCCCGAGGACUUGCACAGCCCUUGAACUUUGAACACUCUGGAUCCGCCGUAACACACUGCACUUGGUUAGCUCCGUGCAAGAGUCCUGCCCCCAAACCAACUGCAAAGAAGAAAGACAAACCUCUGGUCUAGGAAACACCAUCUUAUGAAAUGCAAUAGUUCUCCUUUUGGAAAUGUUUAUACCAAUAGUUUUGUGCUCUAAUUGUUAUUAGAACGUUUCUUAUGAACAUGUAUAUUGCAGUAUAUUCAGUCCCCAACAUUUUUUUUCUCAUUCACGCAGAAGGUACUAAUGUAAACUCACGUGGCCUUUAAAAACCUUACUUCCCAACAAGCAGGAGCGCUGAGCACGCCUAGGCCCACGCCAGGUGUGCAGGGAGGCGUGGAGGGGAAAGACAGGAAAGCUGGGCGCUUAUUUUAGGAACCAAAAGUCUAUCACAAUCACAGUGUUUGUCUGGUUUUACAGUUCAAGCCUUAGAUGAAAUCAGACGGAAAGAAUGUCUUUAAAAUAUAUAUAUCUCCUCUCCUGGGAGACACUUAAGCUCACGGUUCUUGGACUGUAAUGGCCUGCCUUUCCUUCCAUGGGGGGUGAGCAGUACAAACUGGGUUUCCGCCUUACGCUCCUGCCUUUGCAGGAUUCCACAAGGAACAAUACAAAUGACGGUAAAGACACAGGCCUUCCAAGCCCGUUCUUGUUUUUCAUGGCAGUGAACACACGCGAUCCACAGCUCCAGCUUCCCUCCAACACACACACACACACACACACACACACACACACACACACACACACACACACACACACACACACACACACACACACACACACACACACACACACACACACACACACACACACACACACACGGUGGCCCAGGAGGACGCGGGCCUCCCUUCAGGCCAGUCCCCUGCCCUGGACAGCCAACCUGGCCGGGCUCCUGCCCUGCAAGGCUCCGAGGAGAAAGAGUGGCCUCCAGCACUUUGUUCUUGACUCUCUGGGGAGCGUUCCAGAAGGAGCAGAUUCCCUGAGCUUCAUUUAGCAAGGCCAGCUCUGGGCCAGAGAUGGCAAGAAAACAAUUCUCAGCCCAGGAUGGUGAAGACUAUUUGUAAGCAGACUAGACUUACUCAGAUAUGGCAGAAUAAAUCCCGGCUCCAGGCACUGAUGAAAUCCACCGGUUGUUCCCAGGGCUUAUUCAGUAGAUGGGUGGGGAGCCAAACUUGGGAAGAAUCACUGCACGAGCUUGUUCUAAAAUGGACAAGUCCUGGGCCCCGUCCACAGAGAGGCUGCCUGGUGGGAUUACCAUGGGGGCUGGGAACCCGAGUUGUUUGGACCUCCCCUCUGGGGGGUUUUGAGGGGCUCUGACACAGGGGAUUAUAGGACUUUGAAGAAACCCUGCAGAGGAGACCAACAGGCUCAGGAACGAGGAACGGCCCACAGAUGGGAAGAUGUUCCAGAAAUGUGGGACACAAUUCCUGGUCAGCCGCCCCUAAAAAGUUGCUCCUCCGUGCCAGGCCAGCGCCCCACAUGCCCCAGAGAUGCUCAGCCCUGGCCCCAGCCCAGACCUAUCUGUCCCCGGUAGAGGCCCUGAGGCCCCCAGGUGACACUAAAAUCGUCUACUACUUUCCUGGGCUGGGACCUCCAAGGGCCUGCACGUGGCUUAAUGCUCUGCCGUCACCGUCUUGAAAUUCUUAAUAGUUUUUGAACAAAGCGCCCACGCUUUCAUUUUGUGCUGGGCCCCAGUGCAAAUUUUGUGACCAGUCUUGGGAAUCUCCCAGGACACAACCAUGCAGACUCCCCUUCAGCUGGGCGGCCGGGCCCUGUCUCUGUGGCGAGUCCCUGCCAGGCUCUGAGAACCCAGCGGAACCCCGACUCGCCCCAUCCACUCGUGGUUCACGAUUGCAGGCCCUCUCCAGCCUGAGACCCCUGAGCAGUGCCAGCCCUUGCACCAAGCAGCAGCCACCCCUGUCUGAGAGGUGGCCCGGUGCUGGGGUGGCAGGGUCCCUGGAGGAGGAGAGCCAGGCCCUGCUCCUGGGCCUGAGUGGCUGGUGAUGGAGUGAGCACAGGUGAUGCCUCCAUGACCACCGUCCCAGGAGCCAGAGAGGAGAUGAGCAGGACAGACUGCUAAGGGCCCACAGACUGUCAAGUCCCUCGGAAGGCCCACUGGGUAGCGACCCAGGGCAGAGGACCAAACAACAAAGGGAACCUAGUCCCACCAAGAGCCUCUGGGAGGUUCUAAUCACAAUGGCUCCACACUAGAUGCUUCUGUCCAAUCUCCUCUUUUUGAUAGUAGGUGUUACCCACAUUGUACACGUGGGAAAAUUGAAGCUGCCUGCUGGAAUGCAGAUAUGAUGGCUGGAGCAUCAACAGCCAUUUUAGACCUCGAAGUGGACGUCCUAUAAUAAGGAUGGCAAAGCAAUGAGACAGAAGGAGCCUGGAUCCCUGGUGAUAUGGAGCUGCAUUACAAUCCUGAUGACCCGCAGAGUUCAGUAAGCUGUGGGGGGAGGGGAAGAAGGCAGGGGAACCCACAGAUGUUCUGCCUCUGGGAACUCUCUGGUAGCAAGAACUCCGAAGAAAGCUGUGAGGUACACCCCCCACCCCCCCACACACAUACACACACACUCCAGCUGUGGGUGUGCUAAGAAGGGAGAGACUCCCUAGCCGAGGGUGUCACCCCUCCACCACUUUUCCUCCCACAGCUCAGGCUGUUGCCCGUCUGCUCCCAGCUCCUACUCCAGAGCUUCAUCCUUCCACACCUUCUGUGACCUGGUCCAUACCCAAAUGGAAAUGCCCCUCCACGUGCUGCUGACUUGCCCCACAGUGGCCCGGCCCACCACUGCUCAGGGGUGUGUGGGGGCUUCGCCCUCCACAGAGCAAAAUAGGAGCUCAGCAUCUGACCAUUCGGGCCUCUUCCUUGGGCCUCCAUCACGGCGCUGCCCACCAGCCAUCCAACCAUCCAGACCAGAAACCCAGGGCCACCUUCAUUGCCCCUACCCCUCCUACUUCCCCAAAACGCCCAUAACACGGUCACUCUCUCCUUCCUCCUUGCCACUCCCCAACUCCUCCUGGCCGGGAAAGGAAGCAUGGUAGGGGAAAUAGGGCUAGGCUAUACAGGUUUGAGUGCCAACUCCACGGUCACGGGCUGUGUCCUCAGGUAUAUUACACCUGACCCAUGGACAACAUGGGGGUUAAAGGCACCAACCCUCCUUGCAGCCAAAAAAUGCACACACAUAACUUUUGACCCCCCCAAAAACUUAACUAAUGGCCUACUGUUGACUGGAAGCCUUGCCGAUAAACAGUCAAUUAACCCAUGUUCUGUAGGUUAUAUGUAUUAUCUACUGUAUUCUCAAAGCAAGCCAGAGAAAAGAAAAUGUUAUUGAGGAAACCAUAAAGAAGAGAAAAUAACAUUUACAGCGCUGUACUGAAUUUACUGAUAUAAGUCUGCAUGUAAGUGGACCCACACAGCUCAAACCCAUGGUGUUCAGGGUCAGCCGUACUUCAAUCAGCUUCUCCAUCUGCAAAAAAAGGUAAUAAAAAUACCUACCUCACAGCCUUGUGAGCUUUAAAUAAAUUAAUACUCAGUACUGGAGUAAGCAUUUCACAACUGUGUCUCGGCCUCGGCACUGUGGACACUUGGGACCAGACCAUUCUUGCUGGUGGGGUGUGCUGGGUGCUGUGGGAUGUGGAGCAGCAUCCCUGGCCUCACCCACCCCCUGCCAAGCGCACCUUCCCUCCCCAAGUCAUGACAAUCACAGAUGUCUCCAGAUAUCACCCAGUGGCCCCCGGAGGGGGGCAGAACAGACCCCGGGUGAGAACCACUGGGUGAGAGCACUAUCAUGAUGACCAGUUCCCUGCAUCUUUUGUAUCUUGGCAACCACAUCACUUAUCACUUGUCUUUCUCUCUCCACACAAACCCUUACCCACUCAAUGCUUUUAUUUCUUGCUCCUGGAACUCAGCCCACGAUCUCAUCUGGGGCUCUUUCACCUUCACUGGACUUGCCACCUAACCUCCACACCUUUACGCACACACACCUGCCCCUUUAGUGCUUCUCUUGAUUGACACCCCCUGCAGGAAGCCUUCCUGGAAGCUCUCCCACUAGAUUAGGAUCCUUUAUACCCCGCCUUUCCCAUAAACACUGUGGGUGAGUAGCUCUCGUCUGCCUUGCUUGCUCAAUACCGUAUUUCUCCCAAAUCUAACACAGUGUAUAUGUAGGUUCAGCAAACAUUUAGUGACUGAGUGAGUGAAGAAGGUUUCUGGGAGAAGGUGCUAUUCAUGGUAAUCAUGGGAAGGUAGGGGAAAGGAGAGAAAACACAUGGAAGAACACUAAGGAAUGGCCAAAGGAAAGAAAAAUCCAUUCAGAAGAGGCCACCACCAGAAUUUUUUUUUCUUAUCGGAGCUGGGCUUUAGAAAAAUUU